CCACCACCACCCCCUCCGCCACUGCCUGGGCCAAACGUACCUCUGCCACCACAGCUGGUAAAUGGGCAUGACAACCACGGCAAAAAAAAACGAAUGCGGAGCUUUUUCUGGAAAACUAUCCCUGAAGAACAAGUCCGUGGUAAAAACAAUAUCUGGACGAUUGCUGCAAGACCACAGUAUCAGAUUGAUACAAAGACAAUCGAGGAACUUUUUGGGCAGCAGGAAGAAACCAAGCCCCAGGACUGCAGAAGUCGAUCUUUAAAGUCUUCGUUUAAAGAGACUAAAGAGGAGGUUUCCAUUUUGGAUGCAAAAAGAAGUAUGAACAUUGGGAUAUUUCUCAAACAGUUCAAAAAGUCUGCUGAAUCCAUCAUUGAAGAUAUUUAUCAUGGAAGAAGUGAGCCCUAUGGUUCUGAACUGCUGCAUGAAUUUCUUAAAUUAUUACCAGAAGCAGAGGAGGUAAAGAAAUUAAAAGCCUUUGAUGGAGAUGUAUCAAAACUGUCUCAAGCUGAUUCCUUCAUGUAUUUACUAAUCCAGGUGCCAAACUAUGCUCUUAGGAUUGAAGCCAUGGUGUUAGAGAGGGAGUUCUCACCCUCCUGUGCUUCUCUGCAGGAUGACAUGAAAAUUAUAAGACGGGCAACAAAAGAGUUAAUGACUUGUGAGGAACUGCAUUCCAUAUUGCACUUGGUCCUUCAGGCUGGGAAUAUUAUGAAUGCGGGAGGUUAUGCUGGAAAUGCUGUUGGAUUUAAACUGUCAUCACUGCUCAAGCUGGCGGACACAAAAGCAAACAAACCUGGGAUGAGUCUGCUGCAUUUUGUUGCUCUGGAAGCCCAAAAGAAAGAUGCUGCUCUUCUCAACUUUUCAGAAAAAAUUAGGAAUGUUCAUGAUGCUGCCAGGUUAUCCAUUGAUAAUGUAGAAGCAGAACUCCACUCGCUGUCCUUAAAGACAAGAUCUGUUAAAGACAGCAUUCGGCGAGACCCAAAACUCUUUCACCAGAUGGAAAGCUUUCUCCAGUUUGCUGUAAGACAUCUAAAGGAGCUUGAACACCAGAAACGAGAAUUACAAAAGGAGGGAAAUGCUCUCAUUGACUUUUUCUGUGAAGACAAAGAAACUAUGAAGUUGGAUGAAUGCUUCCAGAUAUUUAGGGACUUCUGCAUAAGAUUCGACAAGGCUGUUAAGGAAAACAGGGAACGAGAAAUCCAGGAGCUUCAUAGUCUGCAAAGACGAAAGGAGCUGGAGGAGAAGCGUCGAUCCUGGGCAGCUGGAGAGCUUGGGAGCUUUGGGCGGAGCAGCAGUGAAAAUGAUGUGGAGAUGUUGGCUAAAAAAGGACUUGAAGAAUUUCUUCCCUUCUUGCAGCAGAGACCUCAAAGCCCAUCAUACAGAAACCCCAGUUUCAGACGCUCUCGACUUUCCCUGGGGAUUACUGCAGACAGGGAGCUGCAGAGUUUCCUGGAAGUCUCAAAGGAUGAGGAUCCAAACAAGUUUAACAGCCUUCCCCGUGCAAACACCCGACAAGCAAGACCCAACAUAGCCUGGUCUGAAUCCAAAGAAGCGAGAGAUCUCAAUUUAAAUACUUUGCACUUACACCAACAGUCUGAAACCAAAGUGAAAAGUGGCAGCCUGCUGCAGGUGCCUCCGUCUCAGUCCAGUCACUUCGGUGGCUCAAGCGGUCCUGGUGCCUGUUACUCACAGAGAAGCACUGACUACAACAUACAUGCUUCCAGUGUGUCCUGCGAGGAGUCCACAGAUAUAAAUGCUCUGGCCCUUGCAAUUGAGGAGCGUGAACUUGUUAAAGGAUUGCGUAAGUUUGAUAUUCAAGGAGCAAAGCCUGCAGAGGAUACACCUCUAAUAUAUUUAGAGGAUGCUGGUGGAACGGACUUGGAAACUCUAGAUGAUCUAAGUUUUCAUUCCCUUAGCACUGCUGAUGACGACCUGCCUCCAGCUUGCAGAAGUUCCAGAGAGGCCCACGACCAUAAAGCCAAGGCAGUGGGUUGCAAGAGUGAAGCUUCAGAGCCCAGCAGCAGCCCCAUGUCUAUGGAUACAAGCAUUUCGGGAAGUAGAGAAGAUGGACCAAUGUUCUACGUGUCAGAUACAACAACUGAUUGUUCUUUGACGUUGGACUCUGAAGAGGGAAAUGAUUUUAAAUCAGCAGGCAAGGAAAUAAGAAGUGAGGCUGGCAAAGCAACCUCCUCUGGGAGUGAUGCUCAAUACAGGGCUAGAACAUUCUUGUCAAACCUGAAUUCUGCUUCUGCCAAGGAUCUGUCUCUUCACACUUUCACAAGUGAUAAGGGUGAUGCCGAUAGCAAGCAUACCCUUCCUAAAGAAAAGCCCAUAAAAAAUAAAGACCCAGCAGGACCAAAGAGAAACUCUCUAAAAGACAGAUCUCCAAGCUCCUCAAAAUCCAGUGGCACUCGCCCUAGCCACACCGCUCCUUCCAGGCCUGUAAGAACUUUGAAUGCCUCUGAGAAUGAAAGUAUGAGGAAAGUGGUGCCUAUUUCUCGGUCCAACAGAGCACCGAGCAGCAUGAAAAAGCCGGAAGCCAAGCCGGCACUUCGUGAAGCUAGUACAGUGGAAAGUCGGCUGUCUCGUCGCAGCUCUGUCCGAGGCACAACAGACACGCUACCGAGAAGCCCUUACAGGCACAGCAUGUCAGUAGAAGAGCCGAAGUUACAAAGGGGCACUGUCACCUCGAGCAGUGCUCAUUUUGAGAGGGACAGAGUCUCUCUCAAAAAGCCAAGCUCUAAACCUGUUAGGGGUAAUGUUAAAUCAAAGGCAGACGAAAUGAAGAUAUGUCGCUCCAGUGUAAAACCCCAGACCCCUACAGAUGACACCAAGGUUGCCACAGUUAACAUUCCCAAAACACCAUCCGCUGUCCCAAACUUUGCGAGGAAUACAGUGGCUUCUUCUUCAAAGCGUGCGAAAGUGGAUCUAUCCAGCUCGUCCAGACCUCCAACCAUCACAAGGUCUGUGUCCCAGAGGCUGCCCAAAGUGAAGCCAGCAACGACCUCUGAUGAUCCGAGUCCAAAGGAGAACAGUGUGUGUACCUUAAAGAGAGCAAGUAGUGCCAGAGUUGUUGGAAGAAGUACCCCACAGGGAGAAGCUGUCAGCACUAAAGCAGAGCCUGCACCAAAGGAGCAGGGAACGGCGGAAAAGGCCUCUCUUAAACUGAAAGAUGCAAACCGGACAACAAUUGGUAAAAUACUGAAGCCAUUACUGAAAUAA